AUGGUUCCUAUGCUGCAUGAAAUGUACGACGGCCUGCGUGUUGAGCACGGCGAGGCUGCGCCGGCGUGGGCCUUUAUCUACGUCGAGGAGGCGCACGCUCUUGACGAAUGGCCGAUCUCGUCGUCGCGCUACCACCCGACUGGCGAGGUAGUGGCGGUGGCACAGGCCAAGACGGUGGACGACCGUGCAGAGGCCGCCACCCACUUUGCCGACCUGUACCAGCUCCGGCUGCCCGUCUUUCUCGACACGCUCGACAACGAGUUCCAGACCACGUACGGCGCGUGGCCGCUGCGGUUCUAUGUCUUUGAGGCAUCUACCCUGGGCUACAAGGCCAUGCCUGCCGAGUGUACGUACUCGAUCUCUGACCUGUGGGCCGCCGCCUCGGCAGCGUGCACCCGCACGGCCAGCGCCCGCUAG